AUGUACAUUUGCGUACGUCGUACGUACGGCCGUCGAGCCCUCGAAUCGCCCGGCCGGCACAACGUACGAGUAAACGUAAAUUUGUCAAGACGGAGCCGCCCCCAGCCCGAAUUGGCGUCACCUGGCGUCGAGCCCGGCCCCCAGCCCAGGCGGCUCGCCAUCCGUCAAACGUCCUCGUCCCCCAGCAUGCCGUUGGCAGACUACACAGAGUCACCCAAUGGCAACCGCACCGUACCUACGAGCGCCGCGAAGCCUUCGCAGGGGUGCUCCUUCGCAGGGCCAGAUGGCAUGGCACGCGUGCGACCUCGCCCGCGUCCACACAACGUCCUCUUUCUUCGCCUGUCUCACUCUCCACCUCCUUCCCCACGUUACGCUGUAAGAGACAAGCGAAGGGCGGCCCAUCGCGUCCUCUCGCCCUGGCCCGUCUCUCGGUGCAUUUAUCUGUCGCCGUUCCCUCGCCCUCGCGAGCUCCCGUGCAAUGACCAGGUCCACUCCGUCCUCGAUAGUCGACGAUACACCUCCUUGUGUAGUCGUUCCCUUCCGCGUCCCUCCUGCUUGUGUAUCACCGUUUGCCACGGUUCUGCGAGUCGGCUGCCAGAGCCAGUGAGUCUACGGCACCAUGUUGAUGCUCUCGGUCAACCUCUGUGGAACCAUGGGACUCUGCCCGAGCCUUUAACGGCUCAGGCUAAGGGUGUGCUUGAGCCCAAUGUUCCAUCUCUGGAAGCGAGUUGGUCUCCAAGCCCACGCCGAGCCCACAACCACCCGACGGGACGGUCCCCCAGCGCAACAUCCCGCGCCUGGGGAUCCCGCAUGUCUGGGCUGUUCCUGACAGGCCGAGUUGCAGGCUGGGCCAUCCGCUCCGAGGAACGCAGCUCGGAGACCCUUGUCCUAGCAAUGAGCGUGUGCCGUGUCGAGGUGAGUGCCGGUUUGGAAUGCAACAAGGGCAUUCUGUAUUUGCCCGCACUUGCGGUAGACAUUUCGACAAGACACAUCUCACAUCCCACACCCAUGCCCAUCCGUGAUACUCACAGUCACACUUUGCACCCAGCAAUAAGUGGUCAGGCAGAGUUUGGCAGUGUGCUCGUCGGUGAGUUGGCGACAUUGUGCUCCCACUCGCACGGCUGGCCAAGUCUUCGAUCCCAUCCGACUCACGAGACCUUUGCAUAG